AUGGGUUCUGAUGGCAGUGCAGUAAGUGUACCUAAGGGUGCAAACACUUUGGAAGGCAAGCUUCCUGCAGAAAAGACAAUGUUGUGGCAUAUGAGAUUUGGCCACAUUGGUGAGAAGGGUCUUAGGACCUUGAAAACUAAAAAUCUUGUUGAGGGGCUAAAUGAUUGUAAUCUCGAAUUUGAUUUCUAUGAACACUGUGUUUAUGGUAAGCAAAAUCAUGUUCAGUUCUACUCCAGUUCUCACAAGUCUUCUAGACUUUUGGAUCUUAUUCAUUCUGAUGUAUUUGGUCCUGUAAAAGUUCCUUCUAUCUCUAGUUUUGUAUAUUUUGUAUCUUUUAUAGAUGAUUACAGUAGAAGGAGUUGGAUAUAUUUCCUGAAAAGUAAGACACAGGUUUUCAGUUGGUUCAAGGAAUUUAAGGCUCUCAUGGAGAAUCAGACUGGUAAAAGAAUCAAGGAGCUAACAUCUUCUCCUAUUGUGCUACAACCAGAUGAAAAAGAAAAGGAAAAAGAUGUUGUUCAGUUUCCUCCUACCCCUGAGAAGACUGAACAGAGAGACCAUGUUGGGUCUAAUGAUGAGGAGAGCUCUAGUAGCACUGAUAGUUCGGAAGAAGAGGAAGAACAACCUCAAGCUCAGCCCUUGAGGAGAUCCAUGAGAGAAAGAAAGAAACUAGAAAGGUUUGGUUAUUCUAUGUUAGAUUCUAGUUGUGCUUUUGCUUUGAUUACUAACACCGAUGAGCCUAGAUCUGUUAAAGAGGCUUUGGGCAUGGAAGAUGCAGGUUCCUAG